AUGUUCUUUCAUCUCGCUGUGAUCUUCUCGGUGCUGUGCGGCAGCAUACUUGGGCAACUACACCCUACGAAGCCCGCACAAUACCAACAGUUUCCCAAGCUCAGGGAGCGAGCACGGAUCCAAGACGAAUGGAGAGAUGAAAGGAUAGCAGGGAUCCCAAGCCUGCUCCGAAAAUAUGACAUCGAUGCUUGGCUGAUGAGCCAAAGAGAGUACGCGGAGGACACGAUCUGGUGGUCGAUCAAGGACGCGACGACACAUGCUCCUCAUCGCCGCACGGUGGUGCUCUUCCACACCAACACCUCCACGCUCCGCGGACGGCCAAACCCGCUCACAUGGGUUGACAACACAGGCCAAGUCUGGCCCGAGCUGCGCGCCAUCUUGCAAGACUUCGAUCCGCGGCGCAUCGCCCUCAACACCGACCGAAACAUCGCAUUCGGAGGCGGUCUGCAUGUCGGCGAGCUCGAAGUCCUCAAGGAAGAACUGGGCGAGGAAUGGAUGGCGAGGACAGUCAACGAGCCGAUGCUCGGAAUUGAGUUCGUGGCGAAACGAGUUCCGGGGCAAAUCACCUACUACCGGCUGAUGGUGGAGACCAUCUGGGCGAUGCUAGAGGAAGGCUUCAGUGAACGAACCAUAGUCGUCAAUGUUACGACCACAGUUGACUUGGAAUGGUGGUUCUUGGAAAAGAUGCAAGCACAAAACGUCUCCUACUGGGCACACCCCCGCGUCUCCGUCCUCACCCCCGAAUCAUUCCCAGGCUGGGAGGGCACCGACGACGUCAUUCAGGAAGGUGACCUCCUGCACAUUGAUUUUGGGAUGACCGCGAUGGGCAUGAACACGGAUACGCAGCACAUGGCGUACGUCCUGCGCUCGAGCGCAGGCGAGACGGCGCCGCCGCCGGGCCUCAAGGCAGGGCUAAAGAAAAGCAAUCGCAUGAUGGACAUCGUGCUUCAGACGAUGCGGUCCGGCCUGACGGGCAAUGAAGUGUUGAGCAUCUGUUUGGCGCAAAUAAAGAAGGAAAGCAUUGAAGGUCAGAUCUAUUCUCAUCCCAUAGGGGACUGGGGACACGCGCCCGGGGCGGUCAUGGGGUUCACAAACCUUCCAGCAUACGUGCCCGUACUCGGCGAGCUGCCCAUCCUUCCCGAUACAUACUACAGCAUAGAGCUGUAUGCCUACCAUUUUGUCCCCGAGCGAAACGAGACGCUGCGCUUCCGACAGGAAGAGGACGUAUACUGGGUCGAUGAGGAGAGAGGUUGGGAGUUUGUCUACGGGCGACAGGAGAAAUUUCACUUGAUUGACAGUGCUCGGAGUGCCGCUCGAAGUUUUCCUGUGCUCGGCGUUCAGCACUGA